GUCUUAAACGCGAUUGUUGGUGCGCACGCGUAUUCCAUGCAAUCACUUUUUGGCGCCUUACUGAAGCCCCAGUCUCGCUCGGUAGUUUGAUUACGGCUGCCACUUCAGUUCUAUUCAGUCCAUCGGCCAGUUAAGAUAGUUGAAGCUCUCAAUAACCCUUCAAAAUGUCUCUGGAUCAGCAAUUCAACGAAGCCGCCGAAAAGGUGAAGACCUUCACGAAACGGCCGUCGGACCAGGAACUGCUGGAGCUGUACGCCCUGUUCAAGCAGGCCUCCGUCGGGGACAACACCACCGAAAAGCCCGGCAUGUUCGACCUGAAGGGCAAGGCCAAGUGGCAGGCGUGGUCGGACAAGAAAGGAACCAGCCAGGAUGCGGCCAAGGAGGCGUACGUUAAGUUUGUCGAGGAACUGUCGGCCAAGUAUCUGUGAAUGCGAAUCGAGGGAUAGCACUGCGCGAGAUGGGAUAUGUGUGGUGGAUUUGAGUUGUAAUUAACGAUUUUUUUGCCUGUAGAUUAUUUAACAAGAGCUUUAAGUUUCGUUCAGUAACGUUGAAAUUGUUGUAACAGGGGACAUUUUGUGAUGUAACAGUAAACGACGAAAGUUAUCGAUGUUGA